AUGUCUUCGCUCUCUCUUCUCACCUCGCCCCUGCGCGCCCGCGACCGACAAGACGGCUCGAUUUUCGAAAAUGACGUCCAAAGACGGGGCUUUGUCAUUGUCAUUAUACUGAGUCUUCUCGCAACAGUCGGCAUGUUCUGCCUCAUAAUUACGCUCGUCCUGUUGAAGAACAAGCGCGAUCGCAGGAUCAAGAAGGCGAAGAUGGAUGCGGAGAAGGGGUCUGUUUGGCCGGGGGCGAACAAGGGACGGUAUCAGAAGGUGGAAGAGGACAAGAGAGAUGGCGUUUGGAGUGCAGAGAUGGAAAUGGAGGAUCGAGGGGCGUACAGUGGCGCGGGGUAUGGGGAGGGUAGAGAGCCAUAUAGGCCGGUAAGUGAAGCAAUCCUUCACCCUAUGAGCGUGAAACGAGACUAA